AGAUUUUGACCGGGACUGCCUGUAGUAGUUAUAUAGGUACCUACAUCACCACGCAGAACGCAUUCUUUUAUUUUAAUUCCAAAAUAUACGGUCUAGUAGAAUCGUAGACAGCAGUAUUUAUAAUUAGAUUUAAGUGAUAUAACGUCAAUAAGUGAUACCUAAUAUUCUCUUUGGCCGGGACUUCCAUUUAUUUCCGAUAGUAUUUCCGUGUUUGGUUAGGUCAAUUCACUUCGGUUGGCCUUCAGUUGGCCCCUCUCAUGUGUAGUACAUACUACUAUGUUAUCUAUUGUAUUGGAAGAAACAUGUAAAUAAACCUGUAUUUUGCGAGGGUAGCUAUUUAGGAAUUUCGUUUACUUUAAUUUAAUUCACAAAGGCAAUCGGCGAUUUGUAAAUUGUGGCACAUCACAUUCUGUGUUCGAUUCAAUCUUUCAAUUGGCGCUUGAAAGUAAAUCCAAAAUGCUGUGGAAAUUAUGGAGAAACGGGAUCAUAACGAGCGCCGUAGAAUUUUAUUGCUUGCCUUGCGAGUGCCACCUCCGCAGUUCCCAGGACGCAGACCUGCACGUAGCCAACUCUGUCCACAGGAAGGCUUUGGAGGCCACUCCUUACACUCAGGGUUAUGAAAGGGACCGCAUCAGGAAGGUCCCAAGCGGCUAUUAUUGUGAAUUCUGCAAUGUGCUGUUCUCCACUUCCAGCAAAGUCGGUUUGCAUAUAACUCACUCUCACCAUAUAACUUCCAAAGCUCAACAACUCCUCAGACGCGACGGGAACACUAUAAUUGCCUUUGAUAAUAUUUCUAUCACGGAGGAAGCAUGGAAUGGAUUCAGAGGCCAAACCUGCGUAGUUUGUAGCAAGGAUUUCGUCGUCGAAAACAUACAUAAGAGCGAAAAGGAUCAUAUUAUUAGAUUGAUUCAGAGCAAGAUUGAGUUUGGUGAAGGCGAAUCUAUAUACAGGGAGAUUGAUGAUGGUUAUAUACAAUGUCUCACUUGUAAUGAUGAAUUCCUUCAGGAUGCCUCCCAAUCUCAUUUCAAUUCUGCAGAGCAUAAAAUUAAAUAUGAUGAAAGUAAAAUUAUAAUUACACAUAAUACUUCAGAUAAAAAUGAAAAUAUUAAAGACCAGGUUAAAACAGAACCUGUCGGCGAAAAUUAUAAAAAAGCUGUUGAUACUUCUAAAGAAACUAUUAAGGAAAAACCUCAAACUGAUAUGAAAAAGGAUAAUGAAAAGCCAAAAAUAAAGAAAGAUACAAAAAAUGCUAUUAAAGGACAGUCAGAGACUCAAGACCCUUACGACGUUGAUAACAAAUUCCGUAAGGUUCUUAAUGCUGAUGAUUAUAUUUUUGAUUUGGACGGUAAGUAUUGUCUGCUGUGCGAAAGUGGUGUUAAAGAAGGAAAGAAAUUACACCUUGCAUCUGCACUUCAUAUGAGAUUGCUGAAAUUGCACAAGGAACGUUUGGCAAGAAGGAAAUCUAGUUUCGAAGCAACGGUAAAUAAUUCUAAUUAUAACAAAAGUAAUGAAAAUAAAAUUGAGGGUCAGGAAUCGUCUGAAGAUGAGGCUGAAUCAAAUGGAGAAAAUAAUAAAACUAAGAAUAUUGAUGAUAAUAGCAGUAGCGACAAAAUAUUGAAGUCGUUAAUUGAAUUGAUCAAAGGAGGUAUUUACGUCAAUUUUGAUUCCCAAGUCGUAUAUUGCACAAAUUGUGCGGAAGAUCUAGAAUUUGAUUAUAACUUUAUUAUUAACCAUAUUAAAGAGCAUGAGGAGUUUAAAAAGGUUAAAUUUUAUUUGAACGCCUAUAAAGAUGAGACAAAGAAUACUACAUUAUUCUCAGAGCCUGUUUUAACGAAUAAAGAGGAAGUGGUUGCCGAAGUAAAGAAUGAUGAGAUGAAUGAAUACGCUAAAAAGCAUGGCUUAGAAUUUAAGAAUAAUCUGUAUCAUUGUGGAAUUUGUGAGGCAAGUAUGACUGUUUCUCUGAAGCAGUUAAAAGGUCACGUGACGGGUAGCGGUCACGAAAAUCGUGUACGGAGCCAAUCUCAAUCUAAGAGCAUAACUCCCGAAAAGGCUUUAGGCGUAUUCGCUAACAAAGUGCCAAUGGAAGAAUUCAUUAACGAAUUUCAACAGGUCGAAAAUAAAGGUUUUGAGGACGCGGUGAUAAAUUUGAAAUAUUGCGUGAAUCUUUUGAGCUUUUUCAUGUAUACGAGGUAUGGCUCUAUACUGAGGUGUCAAUUGUGCCAAACUAAUUUCGGCUUACAAGACGCCGAUAUACACAAGAUGGAGCAUGCUCAUCAGGAGAAGAUGAAUACUACUAUGGUCGUGACUUCGAUUCCGGACGAGUUUAUAAGAGAGAUGCAACCAAAUUUCCUUCACUGCGGCUACUGCAACUUGGCCAUAGGGGAAUCUGAUAUGAACAACCACCUUUGCAGCACUUCUCACAAAGAAGUGAAGAGAGCAAUGGAAGCCAGGCUACAGCAGUAUCUGCCCCACAUCCGUGGCAGGAGCCAAGCAGACGGUACGGAGGCUUUCUUGCUUAUACUAUUAAAUAACGUAACUUUAUUACGUGCGGCCAGAUAUGGACGUGAAUGAAUUCGUUUUAUAUCUGAUUUUGGUUUGGAUACAAUUUGUUUAUCGAACGGGGUUUCUAUUCAAUGUUAAUACUGGCCAAAAAAAAAAUGGUUAUAUGCCUGAAACAUACCUACCAUUUUAAAAUUGAAAAUUAAAUAUUUAUUUUGGUUUUUUAGAGUUUUUGUUUGGUUAGGUAUUGAUUAUGGUUUUCGAUUAUUAUAUUGCCCGGAAAGAAAAGGUAAUGUGCCUAAUUUGUCAAUGGCAUGAAUUUAUUAUUUAAAAUUAGAAGUUCAGGGUUAGUUUAAUUUUUUUUUAUUUCAAUAUUGGCUAGAGAAUGUGCCUGAUUUGAUAUGUUAAAUUGAUUUUUAUAAAGAUAAGUGCAUUCCACAAUAGUUGUGAUUUAUAUUUUAGUAUUGAGACAUGACGUUUGUUUUUUGUGAGUUUGUUUUUAAGUAGGUACUACAGGGUAUAAUUAAAUGAUUUAAUUUUCAGAAUGAGAAGUGAAGCUCGUUUAUCUUUUAAUUUGUUUUAUUCACGGUUAGCGCAUCUUCAUUAUAUAUGUAUGAAACAACAUACACAAAAAGGAACAGGUAUUUAAAAUAGUAUUUGACCAAACAUGCUGUAUGCAAGUAUAAAAAAUAAAUGGAGCCUUUUCGCUUAACUAACAAUACUUAGUGUAUUGUAUUGUAGUGUUCAAUUAAUUUUAAUUUUUUUUUAUUUAUUCUCUAGAUUUAUAACCAAAAGUUCGUAUUUCCCAUAAUGUGACAGUUAUCUUUUGAAUAUUUUUCUAUUUAUGCAUUUUAAUGACAUUUUUUGUUAGAGGUUUUUGUUUGAUUUUUGUUUGCUUAUCACCUUGAUAUAGGUAGUAAGUAGUGUCCGACCGAAGCUUCGGCUUCGGCUUCGGCUUCGGCCACCUUCGGCCAAAAAAUCCACCUUCGGCGAAACAUUCGGCUUCGGCCCAAAAUCCGGCCGAAGCCGAAGGUUUCGCCGAAGGUCCGAGCGACCGUCGAGAUUGAACGAACUGUUACGAAAGUCAUGAGGCGGCGGGGAGUCACUGUCAAAUCAAAACAAGUCCAUACGUGUAUUUAAACGAGUGUUUUUGUAAGAAAUCAAAUCAUUAUUUUUUACCAGUAGGUAAAUCACAAACUUUUAUCUAUACAUAUAAUAAAACAGUAAAAAUAUUUUGUCUGUACAUUUAGUAUUUUCGACUGAAAUGGAUAGAGGGACACUUAGAAUGAAUAAUAGAAAGCAAAAAUAUUUUUUUUUAAUUUCUUGUCUGUCUGUCUGUAUGUAUGAUCACGAUUAUCUCCGAAAGUACUAAACCGAUUUACUUCAAACUUUCACCAAUUGCUUUGUUUUAACUCAGAAUAACAUUUAAAGUUUGUUUUAUCAAAAUCGGUUCCCAAAAAAAAAAGUUAUCGACAUUUGAAUGAACUCAAGGCAUCAGUAUGCCUGCAAAUAAGUUACGAAAUUAAAAAUUCAAAGUCAUUUAUCAUUAUACGACGGCAUUAUACCUAUAACAUAUAAAUAUAAGUGAAAGGCGACUAAGGGAUGGGCUUACAAACUUGGGAUUCUUUUUUAGGCGAUGGGCGAGCAACCUAUCACUUUUUGAAUCUCAAUUCUAUCAUUAAGUCAAAUAGCUGAACGUGGCCAUUCAGUCUUUUCAAGUCUGUUGGCUCUGUCUACCCCGCAAGGGAUAAAGACGUGACCAUAUGUAUGACCUUUAAUUUGACCUUUAAUUUCGACACCAACGCAACGGCUUCGAUGGUCCAGUGGUUACCACGUGAGACUGUGAAGUUGGCGGUCCAAGUUCGAAUCCCAACAAUUACAAGAUAUUUUUUAUUAUUAAAAAUAUUUUUUUUUUGUAUUGUUUGAGUAUUUUAUGUAAAAAAACUGAAAAUCAAAAUACUACAUAUAAUAAUAAAAAGGUAAAAAUAUUUUUUCUGUACAUUUAAUAUUUUGACUGAAACGGAUAGAGAAUUUUUUUUUUACAUUUUUUUUCUGUCUGUAUCUGACUAUAUGAUUAAAAUUCAACUCGAAAUUUACGCGGACGAAGUCGCGGGCAACAGCUAGUUUAUCUCUAAACCAACCACCUCUAUGAUAUAUCAUCAACUUCUAUAUGAGACAGUCAAUAUAUAAACCUUCAAUAUUGAGGUUUUGAAAUGAUUUUAACAUUAAUUGUAGCUUGUAGACAAUAUUGAACAAAAUUAAUUACUGAGUGCUGAGAGAAUAUAAACCUUCGGCUUCGGCUUCGGCUUCGGCCGAAGGUUGUGGCGAUAGCCGAUUAAUCGGCUUCGGCUUCGGCUUCGGCCAAAAAUAGACCUUCGGUCGGACACUAGUAGUAAGUAAUGAUAAUUAUCUUUUUUCUAUAGCAUUUGAAAAAACGAAAAAAAAAAAAAAAGAUUUGACUGUUUAGUAUAAGAUUAUACUCCUCUUUUAAUGGACCUUUUUGUAUGUUAAAAUUGUGCCAUAUAUUAUUGGUUGUUAACCCUUUAACCGCCAAGAACGGACUAAUCCGCCAAAAAUGUUCGUGCUCGAAUCGCCAAGGACGGAUAUUUACGGUCAAAUAUCACUACUAAUUUAAUCUGCCUUUUUGUUUGAUAAAUUCUGUAUUAUAUAAAAAUAUGUGUCAUUAUUUGAUAAAUAGAUGAUGAAGUAAUUAAUUACUAUUGAUUACACUUAAGUUUCAUAAUUAGAAGACUUAAAAGUUAAAGGAUUAUUGAUAGUAUUUAUGGAAAAGUGAAUUGAUGUCCAACGCCAAACCCACAUAAACUACUACCGUUUAUAUUAACUCAUUUAUUAUAAAACAAAUACAGCAAUUGUUACUGUAGAAAUAAAUGAGUUUAUUACGUAAUUCUUUUCAAAACAAUAUUUUUUUUAUAUGCUUUUGUUUCAUUGUGUUACCAAGGUGCCUAUCAAUGUUGGAAGUAAAAUUACAAUCAAUUACAAAGUAACGCUUUUUAUCUAUCUGUUACGAUAUUUACCUAACAUAGUAAGUGUUCGAAAAAGGCGCAUGUGCCUUUCGAAGAAAUAUCGAUACCUAUAGGUAGGUACUACUGAACAUCUCUAUUUGUUGUAGGUAUUUAUUUAUCGUUUUAAUGUGCCUGGCGCUGGGGGCACGACAACUAAUAUUAAGUGUGGCGGUUAAAGGGUUAAAAACAAUCGUUUCAUGCCAAAAAUGUAAGUGAUAGGUAUUAAAUGCUUAAUUAACUGAUUAGAAUUUAGUUUUAAAACCAGUUAGUUUAGUUGUUAUAAGAGUUUAUUUUGAGGGGCCUAUUGGUUGUAAUUUAGUUUCAAUCUACGUUUUGUACUAAUUCUUACUGAUAAUGAAGACUAAAUAUAGUAGGUAUACCUACCUUAUGGUUUCAUUAGUAAGUGGUCUUCUUUUCUAUCUCCUAUCUCAUAUGUAGAUUAAUUUGUUUAUCAUCACACACCCACGAAUUGUAUAUUCAAGACAAUAGGAAUAGUGAAAGGUGUAACAUUAACUAAACGGAAACAAUCAUUAGAAAAAAUUAUAUUUUCCGUUACACAACAACAAAUUACUUUUCAAUAUACGAGUAUCUAAGUAUAACCUUUUAACAAUAAACGCUACUGUUUGUAAUUAGUUUGCGUUCGUUUUGACUUAAUUUUUUGCCGUUAUCUUACCUGGGUGGAAAAAUAAAUACCUACAAGCGUUUCUGUUUAUAUAGAUAAAUAUUUUACUCGGGCGAAAAAAUUUGACAAUCAAAAGAUUUUGUCAAUGUUUAAAUUCAUUAAUUAUUUCGACUAAGUAAUUAUAUAAAAAUACCUACUACAGUAAAACUCCAAUUAUCCGAACUCCGACUAUCCGAAUCGCCGAUUAUCCGAAUCAAAACAGCUUACAUUGACGGAGAUGUUUAAAAAACAAUGAUUUUUAUUUCUAAACUUGUACAUAAGUUCAUUUUAUUUAUAUUUAAAACAUGUGAAAAUUUCAUGUUUCUUUCAUUUAAUUCAAUAAAAAGAUAGUGCAAUAUCAAAAAGUAUCUUUUAUUAUCUCCAAUGGCAAUUUUUAAAAAAAAAAUACCGAUUAUACGAAUAUUUGAUUAUCCGAAUGGGUCCCGGUCCCCAUUAAUUCGGAUAAUUGGAGUUCUACUGUAGUUUACACGGUUGAAUCCUAUGUAGAGAUAAGGUUAAAUAAGGACACCAAUACACUGGACUGGCCACUGGGUGAAAUUUUAAAGGUGAAGUAGGUUGUAAAAUAAACCUGAAGAAAUCCCAGCUGCUCCUCAAAGAUGAAACACUUACGGCCUCUGUGGCGCAGCGGUAGUACUCUUGUCUGUGACACCAGAGGUCCCGGGUUCGAAUCCCGGCCAGGGCAUGAUGAGAAAAGAACUUUUCUGAUUGGCCUGGGUCUUGGAUGUUUAUCUAUAUAAGUAUUUAUUAUAAAAUUUAGUAUCGUUGAGUUAGUAGCUCGUAACACAAGUCUCGAACUUACUUCGAGGCUUGGCUAAAUUGAUUUUAAAUAUUUUUGCAUGCUCAAGCCUCUAAGCGGCCACUGCAUUUUAAUUUUGACGUCUGAGUUUAGUAUUAAGAUUGUCAUUUUAAUCAGUAUUUUCAUUUUAUAAGAAUUGGUAAGUUUUGAAUACUUUAUUUAUUGUAUUUUCGUAAUCAUUUAUAACGAAUUAAAUAAACGAUUUAAUUUUU